UCUGCUGCUGCCAGGCCCCGUCCCCGGCUCUGAGAGGGAUGUGGCACCGCCAUCCCAAUUUGCAGAGUGUGCAGCGUGGGGAAUCAAAACACAGAUCUGGAGCAAAUGAACUCCAAGGCUGUUCUGCAGAGCGGAGCCUUCAGCUGGGGGUCCUGCACCGACCCCGGCCAGGCUGCUCCGUCUCACCGCCCUCUGCUGCUGUGGGACUACGCAACUCCCUGCGAAGGCCUUGAGGUGCACCACGGAUGCAGCAAGGUGUUGUUGCUGUUGUGAUCUUCAGGGAAUAGAUGAAAGGAAGGAGGCACCCCGAAUUACUGAGGGCGAGGCUCUGGGAACAUUUUAGCAGCUCCAAAAUCAGUUAAGUUCUUUAGAAUGUGAAAACAGCCAGAGGGGCCCCGGGAAGGAAGGAGAUCACGGCAGAGAGAAGUACAAAAGCUGCCUAAUCCCCAUAACUCCGCCACUGCCUCACAGGAACCUCUGCUAAAAGCAAGAAUCACUUCUCUUAUCCGCAGAUGACAUCUCUGGAGCCAGCCAGGCCAGCAGCUUGGGUGUGCGAUUUUCCACUGCAUACUGCAACACCUGGCGCCGCAUCACUGAAGGGAUUGUUUUUUUCCAAGCAAAGAAUACAACAGCGCAGUGUCUCCCUUCCCUCUUCUCUGCCGCCUUUCAGGCUAAGACCCGUCCAGCCACAUUGCUACAACCACGGCACCCAGUCCCUCUGUGUUGCUGCAGGUGUGGCCCCGUCCUGCAGCUCCGGGCGGUGCUGAUCAGCCCCCAUUCCUGGUGCUGCAGGGCUCUGCGCUGCGCUGCUCCUGUGUGCCCCCACAUGCCCCAUGCGGGCAGCGCUGCCCCGAUGAGUUCAGCAGUGCUGCCCCAAUGAGUUCAGCAGUGCUGCCUCGCAGCAAAACACUGAGCCGUAUGAGGCACAAGCACAGCUAAGGGCCGAUCGAAUUCUUUGCAUCGGUAACCGUGCCUGAUGUGUCCUGGCAGUGGUGUCUAAUGCAGUUCCAGUUUAUCUGACCUCAUCUGCCUGAGCAUCGCACCUUGCCACAGCAGUGAGACAGAGGGAAUGGAACACAGGCAUUCCUGAUUCUACAAACAUUGCGGAAGCCACAGCUGCUGCUGAAAGGCGCUGCAGGAAAGCAGUCGGGUCUGAAGCCGUGACCCAGGUGCCACCGGGAAGCAGUGAGCGUCUGCACCGUAAGUGACCGAAACCCAUCGCUGUGGGGACUUUCCGACCUCUUCAGAGAUUCACCCUACACCGCUGUGUCAGCAGAAACCACUGCAGUUUCUUCUCUUUUGAAUUACAGGGUUCUGCCAAAUGCAGUAUCAGUACAAAGUACCGCCAGGUCUGUGCUUGUCCUGGAUAGAGGUCCUGGCUGGAAGGUUUCCAUCUGGCUUUGGCUCAGCCCUACAUAAAGAUAAUGGAUGCUCAGAGCUCCUAAGUCAGCAGCUUAUGUUGGCUUCGGGCACUUUAAAAAAGCAAAUAGAGAAAUGUGUAGAUUUCAAGGAUAUCAGGUGCUUGUGGACAGUGUCACAGGGGAUUCACUUGUUGCUUCAUGAAGCAGCGCAGGGUGGAGUUGGAGCGAGCACCUCCACGUCUCAGGUGCAAUACUGAAAUGCUAAAACGUAGCCCUGAGCGAGGAGCCUCCGUCCUGAAUCACAGCUGUGCUGGGAAUGAAAGCGGAAAGAGCAGAUCCCGGUGUGCUGCAGCGAUGCUGGUGGGAAGUGACAAAAGAUGUGAAACAGGGGCGAGAAAAGUGAUGAUUCUGGAAUUUGGCUGCGAGUGUCAGGGGUGACGAAAAGCAGCGGCAACGCCUCCCGCGUGGGCUAUAAAGGGCUGCGGGCAGGGGAAGCGCGCACUGCUGCCUGCGCUGCCAGCCCGCCGUGCCCGGCCUCUGCCCCACCAUGAGCACCACUGUCCGGCAGUUCUCCUCCUCCACCUCCCUCAAGAGCCUGGGGGGCGGCUCCAGCAGGCUGUCCUGCGGCAGGGCGGCGGGCUACCGGGCCCCCAGCGUCCACGGCGGCUCCAGCAGCUACUCCAUCUCCUCCCGCAUCGUCUCGGGGCUCGGCGCCGGCUAUGGGGGCGGCUACUGCGGCAGCGUCGGAGGGGGCCUCGGCGGGGGCUUCGGGGCCGGCUAUGGGGCCGGCUUCGGGGCCGGCUUUGGAGGCGGCUUCGGGGGCGGCGAUGGCAUCCUCCCGGCCGGCGAGAAGGAGACGAUGCAGAACCUCAACGACCGCCUGGCCGCCUACCUGGACAAGGUGCGCGCCCUGGAGGAGGCCAACACCGACCUGGAGGUGAAGAUCAGGGAGUGGUACAAGAAGCAGGGGCCCGGCCCCGAGCGCGACUACAGCCCCUACUACCGGACCAUCGAGGAGCUGCGCAGCAAGAUUCUUGCUGCAACUGUUGAGAAUGCCAACAUUGUCCUGCAGAUUGACAAUGCCAGGCUGGCAGCCGAUGACUUCAGGACCAAGUUUGAGACGGAGCAGGCCCUGCGCAUGAGCGUGGAGGCCGACAUCAACGGGCUGCGCAGGGUGCUGGACGAGCUGACCCUGUCCAGGGCCGACCUGGAGAUGCAGAUCGAGAACCUGAAGGAGGAGCUGGCCUACCUGAAGAAGAACCAUGAGGAGGAAAUGAACGCGCUGCGCGGACAGGUGGGAGGAGAGAUCAGCGUGGAGAUGGACGCGGCUCCCGGCAUCGACCUCACCAAGAUCCUGGCCGAGAUGCGGGAGCAGUACGAGAGCCUGGCAGAGAAGAACCGCAGGGACGCCGAGCAGUGGUUCUUCAGCAAGACGGAGGAGCUGAACCGCGAGGUGGCCAUCAACACGGAGCAGCUGCAGAGCGGCAAGACGGAGAUCACGGAGCUGCGCCGCACCAUCCAGAGCCUGGAGAUCGACCUGCAGUCCCAGCUCAGCACGAAAGCGGCACUGGAGGGCACCCUGGCCGACACCGAGGCGCGCUACGGCACCCAGCUGGCCCAGCUGCAGGCGCUGAUCACCAGCGUGGAGGAGCAGCUGGCCGAGCUGCGCUGCGACAUGGAGCGCCAGAACCACGAGUACCGGGUGCUGCUGGACGUCAAGAGCCGCCUGGAGCAGGAGAUCGCCACGUACCGCCGGCUGCUGGAGGGCGAGGAUGCCCAUAUCUCUUCCCAGUACUCCUCUGCAAUGUCCUCACACUCUGGCAGAGACGCCAUUACAUCCUCGCGCCAGGUGCGCACCAUCGUGGAGGAGGUGCAGGACGGGAAGGUGGUCUCAUCCCGUGAGCAGGUGGCACUCACCACACGCUAGUGGGACCCACAGCAGCCCCAGGCUCUGCCAAUGGAGCUCAGAGGCACACAGCUGGCUUCGCCCCUCUGCUUCUCGCCCGAUGUCCCCUAACCACGUGCAGCUGCCAUCGUGCACUCUGUACACAUUUAAUAAAGCUUUGUUUUCCAUUCACGCAA